AUGGCAAGAGGUUUCAGAAAGACGGGUGGUGUCAAAGGUCCAAGUUCUGCUUUGACUGAGUUUUUGAAAAGUGAAGGUAUCACUGACGCGUUUAGGCAGAGACGUGCUAGAGAAGCAGAAGCAGCAGCCACUACUCAAGAGACGACUCCUGAGGCGGAUCCUACUGCAGAGGAGAACCAGCGCGAUGACACACCUUUGGAAAACUCUUCUGGAGCCGGUAUUUCUGCGACUCCACGACGCGCCGCACGCCGUCAUCUGUCAACUCCAACACGACGCGCGGCAGGAGAAGAAGCUGAAGAAGAAGAAGAAAGGGAAGAAGAUGACGAGAUUGUCCAGAUGAGAAAAGCGGCUAAACGCAAGUUGCGUGCUGCAAGACGCGGAGCAAGUGGUGGUGGUACUCGUCGCAAACGUGGUUUUCCCGGUGAUAGUGAUGAUAGUGACGACAAUGACGACGAUAGUAGUACGGAUGGCAACGCAGAUGGCGACUACAGUGAUGACGUAGAUGACUUGGAAAAUGCAAAUAUGAAAGGCUUUGGAGACCAAGAUACAUGUGUUGAGUGCAACGACAAGUUUGAACUUUCAGUGUAUUCGAGAUAUAUCAAGGAGAAAUCAGGAUACUUGUGUGAAUCUUGUAACAAGUUGUUGAAAGAGAGGGAGCGUAAAGCAAAAGCCAACCAGUUGAGUGCUAGAAAAAAGAGGAAAAGAGUUGCUCAAGCCUUAUUGAACAGAACCACAGUCAAGAUUCCCAAAUUGCAAGAUGUCUGUAUUAAAAAAAUCACCCAAAAUAUUGAAGACGUUGAUGUAUUGGGAGACAUCGGACAGGUCAACUUGAACAAGAUAUCCCUGAUUUUGUCGAAAAACAGAUCAUUAAACGACAAAACCAUAUCCUUAUUCUUAUCGCCCGAUUUGAAACACAUUUCGUUUUGGGAUUGUUCAAAUGUUGAUUCGGAUUCGUUGAACAAGAUUGCGUCGUAUUGUCCGAAUUUGGAGUCUUUGACAUUGUUUAUGUGCGGACACUUACACAAUGACAAUUUGGAGUAUUUUGCAUCCAAUUUGCCACAUUUGAACUCGCUUUCGUUAAACGGACCCUUUUUGAUUAGUGACAGGAUGUGGCAGGCUUAUUUCAGUCACGUUUCUGGGAAAUUACAGGUUUUUGAAGUGAGAAAUACCCAUAGGUUUGGCAAUGAAUCUCUUAUAAGCUUAUUGGAAAACUGUGGCAAGGAUUUGACUUCGUUGAAAUUGUCACGCUUGGAUGGGAUAACUACUCAAGAAGCGUACAAUCAAAUAUCCAAAUACAUCACACAAUCCAAACUACUACAUCUUGAAAUUUCGUAUCCUACAAAUGAAGAUUUGGUUACUGACGGCAUGAUUGUUGAUAUUUUGCAAAGGACGGGUGAUUCCUUAGUUUCAUUAAAUGUCGAUGGAUGCUCGGCAUUGACUGAAAAGUUUUUACUUGAUGGAGUAACCAGGUACUGCCAAAAUCUAACUAAACUUUCAAUGAAGAACUUGGAUCAAGUUUCAAAUGAAGGGUUCGCAACAGCUUUCAACCAGUUUUCCAAAGUCAAUGCUGGAGGAUUAAUUGAAGUCAAUGUGAUGAAAUGUACCGACCUUGGAGACCAAGCAAUUGGUGCCUUGUUGAACCAUUCUUGCCAUACGUUAGUUGAGCUAAGUAUAAACUCGUUGCAUCGAAUUACGAGUGACUUUUUGUCACAAAUUUUCACAGAUGACAAUCACCAGUUUAAAAGACAAUUGAAAGAAAAACAUGAUAAAGACCUGAGUGUCAAGUAUUACCAGCAGGUACCUUUACUUUUGUUGACGUAUUUGGAUGCAUCUUUUGUCAGAGCUGUUGAUAAUGAGAUAUUAUCGAUAAUUGGUGAGUCGUGCCCAAAGUUGCAAAUCAUUGAAGUUUACGGCGACAAUAGGUGUAACGGAAAGGCUUCAUUCAGAGAUGGAUUAAUGGUUAUUGGCCGUCAAAGUGACGAGAUCUAG